AUGGCGUCUUGGACUUCAUCUGAAUUCCUCUACGUAGAGAUAAAACCACCAGGUAUCCGUUUCCUAGAACGUUUUAAGCGUUCAGGGAAACUCUCUUUCAAGCAAUACCAAGCACUGGUCUUCGUCUUGACCUUCAUCGCCUACCUUGCCUUCCACGCAACUCGAAAACCUAACAGCAUCGUCAAAGGAACGCUCUCGAAACCAUCAACGGGACAUUUCAAGUCCACGGAAAAUAGCGGAUGGGCUCCUUUCGAUGGUCCAGACGGAACAGCUUUGCUCGGACAAAUCGAUCUGGCUUUCCUCUCUGUUUACGCGGUUGGAAUGUUCGUCGCUGGUCAUUUAGGUGAUCGUUUGGACCUCAGGACGUUUCUAACAAUCGGUAUGAUCGGUACAGGAGUGUUCACCGCUCUGUUUGGGGUUGCCUUUUGGGCUAACAUCCAUAGUUUCUACUACUUCCUAGCGAUCCAGACACUGGCUGGGUGGUUCCAGUCUAUCGGAUGGCCUUGUGUGGUUGCGGUUUUGGGGAAUUGGUUUGAUAAGAAGAGGAGAGGAGUGAUUAUGGGUGUGUGGAGUGCUCACACGUCGAUAGGGAACAUCGUUGGUUCUUUGAUCGCGACAGGACUUUUGAAGUUCGGUUGGGGAUGGUCUUUUGUUGGUCCUGCCUUGCUCAUCACGUUUCUUGGCAUUGUGGUUUACUUGUUCUUGCCUGUGAACCCUCCUGCUGUGGAAGCUGAGAGAGAUGGAACUGAAGUUGAUUCAACGAUGAGGCUCGGUGACACCAUUACAGAGAGCUUCUUGAGCUCUAGGAUGAGUACUACUGGAUUCGACAGAAGAGCUGUAGGGUUCUUAGCCGCUUGGAAGAUCCCUGGUGUUGCUCCUUUUGCGUUUUGUCUCUUCUUCACGAAACUUGUGUCUUACACUUUCCUCUAUUGGCUUCCUUUCUACGUAAGCCAGACUGAGAUCGGAGGAGAGCAUUUGUCACAAGAGACAUCAGGAAACUUAUCGACGUUAUUUGAUGUUGGAGGUGUUGUUGGAGGGAUCUUGGCUGGCUAUUUCUCUGACCAGCUCGAAGGGAGAGCAAUCACAGCCGGAGGAUUCAUCUACUUGACAAUUCCAGCUCUGUUUCUUUACAGAACCUAUGGUCAUGUCUCGAUGACAAUCAAUAUCAUCCUUAUGUUCA